GCAUAACCUUGGUAUAUUUAUUUUCUCUUACAUUUCGCUCCUUCGACCUCGAGUCGAAACUCUCUCUUUUUCUUUUUUCCUAGUUCUAGGCCGAUCAUCUUUCUCGCAAUUUCUCGGCGUUUUUCUCUCCGUCCAAACGCUUCCUAAUAUCCUUCCCUGGUGACUCCAAAUCCCUUCAAUCGACGGAGAUCUUCUCUUCUCUCCAUACCGAUCUCUCUUUCCGCCCUUCACUGUGGCUUUCAGUGAGUUGCUAGGUUUGGAUUUUGUGUGCCUAAAUGCCAAUUGCAAAACUCAAGGCUGCAAACAAUACAGAUGUGAUGAAAACAGAGGAGGGAAAUGAUUCCCUAGACACAUUUAUCAGGCAAGCAAUUGGAAAAGAGCCCUUCCUUUCUUUCUCAAGGGCUGGUGAUAGCCCAGUACAGUGGAUCCAAUUACUACAUGCUCUAGAUCAGCAAGAUCUCCCGGGUUGGCCUUUGCUCACUCCUUUGAAGGUGCAGAUGCAAAAGUGCGAAAAAUGUUCACGAGAGUUCUUUUCAUCCAUUAACUACAGAAGACACAUACGCGUGCACCAUCGAUUGAAAAAACUUGACAAGGGUUCUUCCAAAAAUAGGGAUCUAUUGGGCACCUUUUGGGACAAGCUUUCUGAGGAUGAGGCAAAGGAAAUUUUAUCAUUCAAGGAUGUGACACUGGAGAAAGUUGCAGGCUCUUCAAUUAUAAAGGCAAUGAUGGGCCUUAUUCGGAAACCAGGAUUUUCUUCUCUUCCACAAUAUUGUUUGAGGGCUGGUUCUGCCCUUCUGGAUAUCAUCCAAGCUAGGCCUUCCAGGUUUCCUUUAUCUUCUGAGGAACUAUUCAGCACCCUAGAUGACUCAAGUGAAAAAACGUUCCUGUGUGGAACAGCUGUAUCAAUGCAAAAAUAUAUUUUUGAUGGAGAAGCUGAGAAGAUUGGUCUUGAAAUGAAGAAUCUAGUUGCUUGCACCGGCUUUCUGGUGGAGCAGAAAUUGGUUAAAGCAUGGCUUGCUGACAAGGAUGCCGAAGCUUUAAGAUGCCAAAAGUUGCUGGUGGAGGAGGAAGAAGCUGCUCAGAGAAGACAAGCUGAGCUUUUGGAGAAGAAGAGGCAGAAAAAACUAAGGCAGAAAGAACAGAAAGGUAAGGAGCAAAGGCAAGAGGAACAGGCAGAUUUCAACGAGCAGAUAGAUGAUGCAGUGGAGGCUGUGUCUUCAGCUGUUGAACAAUUUCCUCUGACUGCAUCUGAUUCUGGUAUGGAUGGUCUGGAGGCACUAUCAAGUCAUGUUCCCUCAUCUUUUGAGCCCUUCCAACCGCCAAGCAUGGAUGAAGAUAUUGAUUUGGAAAUUCCGACGGGGUCUGGAAGUGACCCUGGCUCUAGUCAUAAUGUUGAAAGACGGACAGUACAAAGAAAUAAUCGUAGGCACUUAGUGCUUACUCGCUGGCAGUUGUCUCCAAAAUCACAAUGGAAUUAUGUGACAAAUGGUUUCCAUGCAAGUAAAAAUUCUCAGGCACAAAAAUCUAGCAGCAUGCAGAAGCAUGGAAAUCAUGGAGACUCAAAACCGGUGCCUUCAAUCAAUGGCAACAAAAUGUGGAGCCGAAAACCUAAACCAGAUUAUAGUGGAGACGGCUUGAAAAUUAGAGUGCAGAAAGAAGCAGUAAGCCUGCCAGAUCACAGUAAGAAGCAUGAGGUUCUGAUUGGUUCUAUAUCUGUUGCACUUGAAAACUGCAACCAAGAUGAGGCUAACCAUUUUGAUGGAGCUAGAGAUGAUUUUCUGUCAGAAUAUCAAUUGCCAAAGAAAAGCAAUAUUCAGGAUAAGCAAAAUAGACCUGAAUCUAAUCAUUUCAGUGCAAAUAGGUCAAAAAUAAAGCUUUGGAGGCCUGUGAGUAGAAAUGGAACCAAAGAUCCAAUAUCAGUUGAAAAUAGAGCUACAGAAUUUCAAGUUGAUGGGGUUGCUGGUAAGGGAGAUGAUCAUAUGUCAUCUGAAGAAAGCUUUCUUAGCUCGUGUUCUGUGGACGAUAAUAAUGGCGUAACAGGGAACAGUCUCCCACUCCUCCAGGAGACUUUGCGUCGAGGGAGCUUGCACUUCUCAUGCCAAGCAGCAAAAGCAUUUCUUGCCGAGAGAUGGAAGGAGGCAAUUGCGGCUGAACAUGUCAAAUUGGUUCUAUCUCCAGACUUAAAAUCUUCAGAAUAUAUGGAGAUUCUGAACGACUGUCUAGUAGAUGUAGCCGAGUCAUCAGAUAUUAAAAAAUGCAGUCUUCUUGGCAAUAUGGAGAAUCAGUUGGUUGAUGCGGGGGUUCAUGAAUCUUCGACCACCGGAGCCAGUAAAGCCAAGUUCAGAACAAAGCCUGAGAAAGGUGCCAAGUUAAAGUACAUACCCAAGCAGAAAGCCGUCUCCUAAUAAAGAAGAAGAUGAUCAAGAAAGGGCUUUUUUUUUUUCUUUUUUUGCUUCUUUGUUAUACAGAUUGCAUAGUUUAAUUGCCUUUACAUUCUUAGCAGAGGUUCCAGUUUUACCGAAGGUCUUCUGUCAGAAAAAAAUGAAGUCUUGUUAUUUUUCUCUUUUCUCUCUCUCUCUCUCUAUCUCUCUCUCUUUCUCAAGAUUUUUUUGUCAGAAAAUACUUAGUUGUCAUAGCUGAUUUGAUUAGUGCGUUACUUUUGGCGUAAUGGUCCAAUUUUUUUGCUGUAAUAAAUGUUGUUUUCUAGGGUUAUUUUUUAGUGUUAUUAUUUAUU